GUACUGAUCAGGCGCACUCGGCUCGUCCCGUCGUUUUCGUCAACGAGAGACCAUCGUGGUUGUACGGCAGGAUAGAUUUCUGUUCCUCAGCUAUCUAUCCGCCAUCGUCGUCGCGAACAACGCAGCGCCAUGCGCUUGUAAAACAAAUAUAAACGUGUAGUAAUUCAAAAAUUCGCUCCGCAUAUUACAUCUCGAAUCCGUACAGUUGGUCACGAUACGCGCGGGGGGUCCACAAGUAGUUACAAUCGGAGUUGAGGCCGCCGCAGAGUAACGCCCAGGGGAGAAAGCAGCAGUUUGAGAAGAGAGGAGAGAAAGAGAGAUAGAUAGAGAGAGAGAAAGACAGAGUGUGAGAAAAAGGAGCUCCUGAUAUCAAAAUGCCACCCUUCAAGAGAGAAGUGAACCCCAAGAAUGAAGAUGACAGCGGCGUUACGGACUUUUACGUGUAUUCCAGUACAGACCAGGAAGAUAAAAGUGGAACAGAACUUAGUGCGUCAACUACCACGCCGAAAACUAUUGAGGAAAAAGCGGAAAUUUUGGGGAAAGAAAUCGCGCAAGAACUUGGAAUACCACCUUGGGGUCUUGUUGCUAUUUUAAUAGCGGUAGGCAUAAUCGUUCUCGGAAUCUGUUUCUGCUGUAUACGAAGAUGUUGUCGCAAAAGACGCUCCAAAGAUGGGAAGAAAGGUUUGAAAGGUGCAGUGGAUUUGAAGUCCGUGCAGCUUCUGGGUAGCACGUACAAGGAUAAGGUCCAGCCGGAUAUGGAAGAAUUAACUGAUAAUGCUGAAGAACCGGAUGAAGCCGAGAGCAAGCAAAGCGAAGUUAAACUCGGAAAAUUGCAAUACAAGCUCGAGUACGACUUUAAUUCGAACAGUCUCGCCGUAACGGUCAUACAAGCGGAAGAACUGCCGGCAUUGGAUAUGGGCGGCACUUCAGAUCCAUAUGUAAAAGUGUAUCUGUUGCCGGAUAAGAAGAAAAAAUUCGAGACUAAAGUUCACAGGAAGACAUUGAGUCCCGUCUUCAACGAAACUUUCACGUUUAAGAGCGUUCCUUAUGCCGAUGCCAUGAAUAAGACUCUGGUCUUCGCGAUCUUCGACUUUGAUCGAUUUUCAAAACACGAUCAAAUUGGCGAAGUUAAAGUGCCGCUUUGUCAAGUAGACUUGGCACAAACGAUUGAGGAGUGGAGGGAGUUGCAGAGUGUUGAAGGCGAGGGCGGACAGGAUAACAAACUAGGAGACAUUUGCUUCUCAUUGAGAUAUGUACCAACGGCUGGGAAGCUCACGGUAGUUAUUCUGGAAGCCAAGAAUCUAAAGAAAAUGGACGUCGGCGGGCUCUCAGAUCCUUAUGUAAAAAUUGCGUUGAUGCAAAAUGGAAAGAGAUUGAAGAAGAAGAAAACGUCAAUCAAGAAGUGCACUCUCAAUCCAUAUUACAACGAAUCAUUCACCUUUGAGGUACCCUUCGAGCAGAUACAGAAAGUACAACUUGUCGUCACCGUAGUGGAUUAUGAUCGUAUCGGCACAUCAGAGCCGAUUGGAAAGGUGAUUUUGGGAUACAACGCGAGCGGAACAGAAUUGAGACAUUGGUCAGACAUGCUGGCAUCCCCCAGGCGUCCGAUCGCUCAGUGGCACACGUUGAAGGAUCCCGAAGACGGAGAUAAGAAGGAUUAAAAAUGUUGACUUUCCAAUUAAGGAUAAUUGAAUUGGAGAGACAAAAACGAUAAAGAAUGAAUAAUAGACAUAAAAGGAGGAAAAAA